AUGGCUCUCGUUAUGCUGCCCUGUGAUUUACCAUGGUGGACGUCUGUACAACGGCACCUAAAACAUCUUCUUGUAGCAUCGUCUCCAGCGAAAUUAACGGCUAGCAUGUUAAAAAUUCAUGAUAUGUGCAAUAUAGGAAUAGACCCGGACGAUGAUGUAAAGGAUCCAGAGCUCAUGAAAGGACUAGAACAGUUCUUGGAUGAAGAAUUUUCUGGAGAAGAAAGAAGAAAUUUUCUCGAUAAUACAAUACGUAUAAUGGUGAAUAAGGCAAUACAUCUUAAACGAUGGCGUCCACCUAAGGGGCUUGUUUUUAGUUUGCAGCAACAAAGCGAUUCAACUGAACUGGAUUAUAAUUUCCUAUCAUCGUUGGUUGCUCACGCAUUUUUUUCUACUUUUCCAAAACGGACGCUCAAAACACAUCCCACAUUGCAAGACUUCAAUUUUACGCAUUUUUUUAAAAAUCUUCAUAGAAAAUCGCAAAGGAAUAAAUUAAAAAGCUUACUGCAUUACUUUGAAUGGUUGGACAAAAAUAGCAAUGAAGGAUCUAUUAAGUUAAGUAGACAGAUAAUGUCUUCAAAGCAGUGGCUGACUAUUGAAGACUGGCUGGAAUGCACGUUGCCUUUGUGUAAAUUACUGAUCCGUCAUGAGGGUCGGCCGGAACGCUGUGAGAGUGAUGACGCUCUGAGAGUGUGCUUCGCCUCCAGCAGGAUUGGUGGUGACGUGCUCAUUGAUGGAGAGUCACAGGAAUCACUCACAAUGUUUAUGAUGCCCGAACUUUUGCCGGCCAUGCUCUCUGUGGAGGCACUCGAAGAUAAUGAGGUAUUGAAAGUCGAAGGAGUCAGGAUGUUCAGCAGAAUAAGUGACCAGCGACAAAAGAAUCACAUCGAAUUCCUCGAAGAACCAAAAACGGUGACAAUAUGUCUGAUGGACGCUGAGGAUUACAGCGCUUUACCUCUUGGUCAAUGGGAAGAAGACAAUGUCCUGCGCGAACUGAAUAAGUGUCUUUUAGCAUUCCAGCAGUCGCCGAUGAAAAGUCAAGAGAUUCAGAAGGCUGAGAGACGACUUUCACCCAUAGGAGAAUCCUUUAAUCAAACUCCACCAGAAGUUGAAACAACUGUCAUGAUAAAACAAGCAUCGUCUUCAAGCACCAUCAACAGCAUUAACAGCAGAAGUCCUUCACCACAGAACUAUAACGUGGCAUCACUAAACCUGAAUGAUCCUAGCAUGGACCUACAGAAACGGAAAUGCUGGCUAUCCCCUGACGCGGGCACUUUGAACAAUCGUCGCGGGCGGUUCAUAGUGCUGGGUUCAUCCGGGGAGUGUCUUCCUGUGACGAGAUCCUCCGGACACGAGGACCUGCAGCAGGAAGACAGCUUAUACUCAAGCUGCAACUCCAGCGAUGAUGAAUACCACAGCGCUAAUGAUAGCUUCGAUUACGGCAGCGAAGAUGAGGGUAGGGGUGAAAGCGCGCGUCCGAAUUCAUUCCAAUAUUCAAAAGAUCUAUCGACAGAGGAAAGACGGAUGAGUUUCGCUGAUAGACUUCGGGAGGCUCUCCGGAGGGAGGCUGAGACGUCUUGCACGACCAGUACUACUGGGGACUGGUCUACUGAUAGCUCCAGUUACGCUGUGGGUAUCAGCAUAUCUGGGGCUGAGGUUAACGAUAACGACAUAAGAGUGAAACGAGGCGGCUCCGUCGGUUUCGUGCUAACGGAUAAAGAAACAGUAGAAAAUGGGAACGAGCCGCCCAAGCGACUUCUGUCUAGGAAAGAGACUGGGAAUAGUUCGAAAUACAGUUUCAGUACGGAAUAUUCUUCAGAGCUGGAGGAAGUUUACGAACAAUUCAACCAGUGGCUGAACGAUCCGAUAUUACAGAAUGACAACAACGAAAACAAAACCAAGGAGUUGGACUCCCGAGAUCUGGCAGUUAUAAGAUUCGCAGGGUCGUUACUAAAGCGCACCCUGAGCGAGUCCAUGGCUAGCGGCGCGUGCGCAGACGCUUGUGAACUGUACGGGCGCGACGUCCGGGAGCGAGUGCCGCCACGACGCCUCGCGCUCGCCGCUAGAUCAUUAUCAUUGGAACUAGCCAAACAUCGGCACAGACUCGCCGCGCAUUUGAAACGUAAAGUAAAAGAAUCGAUACUAGAAGAUAUAUUAGAGAAUGAACUAGUGAGAAGCGAUAAAGACGAUAGUCUGAGCGAGGGUAGGACGAAGUCCCUGGGCUCGUCCACUGAAACUUGUUCGACACAACUUUCAAAUCCAGAUGUGAGAAAGAAAAAACUUAAUUGGGUAGUAAAUAUGAUAGUUGAAACCAUCGAAGAGACAGUCGAAUGUGAGCCGGUGACGAUAAAAAUUAAGAAACCAAAGCUAAACCAAUUAGCGCAUAAGAUCGUAACAGGCGGGUCGUGUCGUCCCGUGGCUACCGGUAACUGGGGCUGCGGCAGGCGUCAGCGGGGACACCCUCAACUGAAGCUGCUGCUGCAAUGGCUAGCGGCCAGCGUGGCGGGAGUACCGGCAUUAUUUUAUUACACAUUCGGAAAUGAAAAGUUGUUUAAGCUGGACACACUGGUCCGUGUGCUCACUGACAGGAAGUGGACGGUGGGACAAUUGGCGCGAGCCGUGUUAAAGUUCGCGCGUCAAACCCUACACGAGCCGCACGUCAUACCGAACAAUCAUUCACUCUUCGAUGAACUGAUCGGGAUCGAGAAAACAUCCGAUGAUUAUUAA